GUAACCUUACAAAGAAAAUACUUCACAAUUUACGAACCAUUUCUUCGUGUUACAGAGUAAAUUAAUUUGAAUUAUGUAUGCUCAGAAUACUUGGUAAGGUUUUAAGCGUGUAGGUAUAGACGAUGCUCUAGACGAUUUAAUGUUCCGCCCGAAUCUGGUACCAUCAGGGGAAGUUUAGUGCGACCCGCUCCUGUGUGUCGGAACUUACACUGACGGUAUCAGAUUCCCCCACCCCUCUCUUUCACACAAACAUUUUUGUUUCAUCGAAGGUCCGGAAUUCAAUCACCCUCCCCCAUCCGGCCGCAAUGUUGCGCAUGGAACAGCAAAUCGGUUUCUCGCCAAUCGUCGCCACCUUAGCACUGAUCCUGCAGAAAGGGGAAAAAUGUUGUAUUCCUUAUCUAUUUUUUUCUCAGGAAGGACGGUUGUUCCCAAGGACAACAAUGAGCUCAAAAACUAUCUGAAUAGCAAAGAAAAGCUUAUUAUCAAUCUCGACAAGACUUACGACUUCACUGCAUCAGAAGGUUAUGGAACAGAGAGAGGGUGCUUCUACAAGAAAUGCAAAAAGGUUCAAAUUUCGGAGGAGUCUUUGACGCGUUCCGGCACGUGCAACGGUCGUCUUCAGACACAGGUCAAGUACGCAAAGGCAGGAACGUCCGAACUCUGGGUUUCAUCCUACAAGACGAUAUUGACGACCAACGGAAAGGGUGCCAUUAAGGGCAAAGGUCUGCGCCUCAAAAACGCUCAGCAAGUGAUCGUCCGAGACAUAACGAUCAGUGACAUCAACCCGCAAGUUAUUUGGGGUGGAGAUGCCCUUGUUUUCGACAACGUGCAAAACGCCUGGAUACACAGAGUCACCACUGUGAGAAUCGGCCGGCAGCACCUUGUGUCGUACCAGCAGACCAACGUGGGCAUCACCGUGUCUUCUUGCUUCUUCGACGGCACCAACCAGUACUCCGCCACCUGCGACAACACGCAGUACUGGGUGUGGCUGUUCUGGGGAACCCGCGACGAGAUCACGCUCAUCAACAACCGCGUGUACAACACUGCCGCCAGGGUGCCGCACGCCGGUGGCUGGGCCAAGGCCUGGAACAAUAUUCACUUAAUUGGAAACUUCAUGGACAACAACCCGCACACUGGUCUGGAGCCACACAUGGGCUCGAACAUCCUUGCUGAAGGAAACCUGUUUUCGAGAUACAAGAGGAUCAUCAACGGUCGUGCUCACGGCGGACACCUGGCGCUGGUCGACAACGCGCAGGAGGCCAACACGUGCGUCAAGUACUUCGGGCAGAAGUGCCUCGUCAACAAGUACGAGAAGUCGCGGGCCGCCAAGCGGUUUGACGAGAGUGUCUUGGUCGCGUUCAAGUCGCUGGAUCGCACUGCCAUCAACGGCGCCCGGAAGGCAGUCUGCAUCUAAUGUAGCGGGAAACAGACGCGAUCUUCACACCUGUCUUCAACGAGGGCGCAAAUCGCUCUUCCCUCAAUUAGAGAAGCAACUAUCCUCUCUCUUAACAAAGAAAAAGAAACCUGGUCAA